CGCGCACGGUGCCUUGCGCGUUCCUGUUCUCUGCUGCGCACAGACAGCCGGUGCGGUGAGACAGAGAGGGAGGAGAGGGCUGCUGCUAUUACUAGUGACAGAAAACGGCAGCAAGCACAUACAGUUUGGGGAGCAGCUGAUGCGACAAGAUGCUGAGCGUCGCCUUGCUGUGUGUGUGCGCCGUCGCAUUUAAACACGUCUCGGCUCUCUCCGACAACGGCAAUUUUUUGGAUGAUAAGUGGCUCACCGGGAGAUGGGAUAAAUUCAGAGAUGAAGUUGAGGAGCCUGGAACAUGGACUCCAUCCAAGCCUUUCGAUCAAGGCCUUGAUCAAGCCAAAGACCCCUGUCUGAAUAUCAAAUGUGGUCGCCACAAAGUGUGUGUCGCAGAGGAUUAUAAGACUCCCACUUGUGUCAGCCAGAGAAGAGUUAGUUUUAAAGAUGCCAAUUUGUACCAGAGUCCAGGCUCAAAGUGCAAACCAUGCCCGGUGGUUCACCCCUCACCUGUUUGCGGAAGUGAUGGCCACACCUACUCCACCAAGGCUCAGUGUAAACUAGACUACCAGGCAUGUAUCACAGGAAAGAAGAUUACUAUGAAAUGUCCUGGCAUGUGUCCUUGUCCUCCUCAGCCUGCAGAGAAGAAAGUGUGCAGUGAGUCGGAUCUGAAGGAGGUGGUGAGUCGCUUGAGAGACUGGUUCAGAGUGCUGCAUGAAAAUGGCAACCACAAGAGAAUAAAGAUCCAGAAGCCAGAGAAGAACAAGUUCGAAGUCGGGACAUCACCUAUUUGUAAGGACCCUCUGGGCUGGAUGUUCUCCCGGCUGGAUACAAACUUCGACCAACAGCUGGACCAGUCAGAGAUCAAGAGCCUCUAUCUGGACAGGAAUGAACCAUGCUCCGAUGCUUUCUUCAAGUCAUGUGAUACUCAUCCUGACAAAGUUAUAACCAGCUCUGAGUGGUGCACAGGCUUCCAAAGGUACACAGAUUCCCCUUGUAAAGCAGAGCUGUCCAGUAUCAACAAAAAGCAAACUGGGAAGAAGCUACUUGGUCAGUAUCUCCCAUCUUGUGAUGAGGAGGGUUACUACAGAUCUCACCAGUGUCACAGCAGCAGUGGUCAGUGCUGGUGUGUGGAUCGCUAUGGCAACGAGGUGGCAGGCUCACGCACCCAUGGUCCUGCAGACUGUGGCGUGAUUUUAGAGUCUUCUGGGGACCUUGGCAGUGGUGACUCUCUCUUCACCGACGAUGAAGAUUCAUUUGUCCUCAGUGAUCAGGCAGGUGUGGACGACGAUGACGAUGAGGAUGAUGAUGACGAAAACGAUGAAUAUCUGUCUUAAUUGACAAGAAAACAUGAUAAAAGAAAAAAAAACUGUCAAAUUGCACGUUUCUAGGUGACUCCCCAGGUGAAUACUUCAUCGUACUAACAGCCUAAGGACUAUUCUCUGUGUAUUAUUUCUUCAUCAGUUAAGAAAAAAAUAUCUAUAUCCCAGGAAAAUGUUUAUCAUUUUUAUUCCUGUUUAAGUACAAAAAUAUCUAUAUGAAUGGUUAAUAGUGUUUGUUCACUUGCGUGUCAGCCAACCAGAGAAUAUGACAAGAAUUAAUUGACAACCAAUUCAUCACAUUGGAUUUGGUCACAUGUGCAAAGACCUUUCCUUUCAUUGGACCCUUCAUGUCUUUCAGUGUCUCCUAUCCUUGUGCAGCACUCUGAUACCUGAGUGUGUUGAUGCCUUAGGCUCAAUGUUAAAGAGAUUUCCCUCUUCUUUAUUCCUUAGUCUUCUUCCUCUCCACACCUUUCUUAUCCUUAUCAAAUGUUCCUGUGUAUAGGUGGGAUGUUGAUGAUGUAGAUAAGAGAAUAUUGCACUCUUUAAGUUUCUUUUGAUCUUGAUUUGUAACUGUGACUGUAACUGUGCAGAAAAACAGGAUAAGAGUCAAACUUGCUUCAUCACAAGAACUGAGAUAGAAAAAAAAAACAAAAAACAAAAAAGGAUCUAAUGUGAGUUGGAUAACAAUCAAAGCCGACGUGCUAGCUGUUUUCAAUGAAACACAAAUCAAGUCAAGUCAUCACAAAGGCUUAAGUAUAGAAUGAAAAAUUACUGUUUGGCCAGUUGUGUUUGGGUGGGGUGGGGGUGUUAUCGUUAUCUAUUUUUCUAAUCCAUGUCGGGAUGAAUAUAGAAAGAUGAAACAGAUUUGUCUUAGCAUGUCCAAUUCUGCGUGAUGUUGUUUCAGUCUGUAGAACCAGAAGCCAAACCUCUGAGGAACUCAAGAUAUAAGAAGAGGUUGUGGUUGCAAAAAAAAAAAAAAAAGAAACUCCCCUAACAUGUACAGAUUAAACUACAAAUGAACAGGUCAUUAAGUUCAAGAAAACCUCAUCAGAGUUCAGAAGUAAGUGUAUUGUUGGUGAUUUUACAUUUCUAAAUUUGAAGGGAUUGUUUUGUUUUUUUUAUUUCAGCAACAGAACCGAACAAAUCUCUUGCACAGUAACAAAACCUCAGAGUCACGCAGACCUGUUGAAAAAAAUUGGGCAGGGUUUACAAGGAAGGUGUGCCUUUUGCUGGUAAGGACAGAGUGAUGAGGGAGGGAGAAGCAUGCUUACUGGAUUGAACUAAACUCUUCUUUACACUGCAUAAGAGUGGCUUUACUGUAAAGCCUGCGUACUGCUUGGACUUAAGUAUGUUGUGUGUUUGAGGUCUCUCUUAUGGUAGUGUUACGUAGGCCAUACUUCAGAUCUUUUCAUUUGUUACAUAGGAUAGCUAGAAUGUAGAGAAGCACAGAGAUGCUCAGCAGUUAAGGUAUACAAACACUUAGACAUUGCUGGAUAUAAAAAUGUUUUAUAUAUAUUAUACACUGGCUAGAGGAAGCUUUGGUUUAGACAGCUUUAUAUGAAAAGAGGAUGAUUAUCUUACUGUGCUUGCUUUUAAUUUUGUUUCAAAACCUCAGUUUUUACCUGAUCUGCUCUAGUUAUUUUUAGUGUGAAUCCGUCAGGGUUGAAAAAGAAAAAAAAAAUCCAUCUGAUCUCAGAUGUGUGCUUUGUUAAGUCAUGUUUAUGCAGACCUGGGAUCAGCUGAGCUCCUGUGUUAAUUUGCAGUAAAUAAUCUGCCAUUUGGCUUCAUUUUGAAUCAAAUAUCUUGUUAGAGUUUAAGUUUAUGACCUGUGAAGUGCCAUCUAAGUGUCCAGUUAUUGGAUUAGUUUUCUCCCAUCUCGUUUUUUUUUUUUUUUUUUUCUGCUCAUUCCUUUUACUUUUGAAUUUAACUUCACUUUAUAAGAUGUAAAGCAUUUCAGUCUUAAAAGUGUUACACGAGUGUGAUGACAUGCAAAUCAUUUUGAUGACCUCGGACACUGUAGCCACUCAAUCACACACUGUCAUCACGGCUCUGAUAGAGUUAGGUUAUGAUACAGAUGCAUUUUUUACAGUGUAUGUAUGAUUUGCUGAAAUAAAAGCUAUAUUGACCAAC